AUGGCAGAUAUCGAGCACAAGCGUGUGGCACUUAAGCUCAAGCAGGCGUGCGAGGAGACAGCAGCACAGGCCAUUGAAGCUACAACCGCCAGUGGACAGGCAAGUCGUAUUCAUGGCAAGAACAAGAAGUUUGGUAGCCGAAAAGAGGCCAUGGCAGCCAAGAUUGCAGCUGCAAAGAUAAAACGUGAAGAAAAAGAGGCGUUGAACUAA